ACACGCAAAACAAAAACUCCUCCGGGGACUGCAGCGGCGAGGCGAGUGUAGGAGGGAGAGCGGUGAUGACAGAGGAGAGGUGUGCCAAAGUGGAGCAGUAUGUUGGUGAGAUUAAAGGUGGCCUGAGACCAACCAUGAAGCUCACAGUCAUAGGCAUGGUACACUCCAAACCCAAGAGCUUUUCAGUGAGUCUGCUCUGUGAUCCAGUGGAUGCCAACAAAGAUGUUGGGCUGUUAUUCACAGUUAACUUCAGUGAGAAAUCCAUCACUCGAAAUGCACGAAUUGCUGGGAAAUGGGGAAGAGAAGAGAAGACUAUUCCCUACUUUCCAUUUACAGCAGGCGACACGUUCAAGAUGGAGCUCUUAUGUGAACACCAGCAAAUACGAGUCUUGCUGGAUGGACGGCAGCUCUGCGACUUCACUCACCGCGUUCAGCCUCUGAACUUGGUGAAAGCUCUGCGGAUCUCAGGGGACAUCAAGCUUACCAAAGUGGCUUGAGAAAAGGAGACCAGGAUAUCACCAGAGGACAGAGAAAAUGUACUUUCUCUUGCCUCAGACAUGUUUUGUCUUUUUCCCCUGGCUGAUUCUGGGGAAUGGGAACUGUAUCUUUUUAAUUCGCUGAUGUGUUUGAGAUACACACUUUUUUCCCCCCAUACAUACUCACAGCAAUUGCAGAGCUAUGGCUGGUCUGAAUAAAUCUCAAAGCCUUUGCUGAGAA